UGAAGCCUCGUCUCUCACUCUCGGAACUAACGCUACUCGCAGCUAUCUCUCUCUCUCGAUCUAACUUCAUCUUCAACCUCAACCUCUUCUCAUGGCUACCAUUCAAGCCGUCAAGGCAAGGCAGAUCUUCGACAGCCGUGGCAACCCAACCGUCGAGGUCGAUGUGACAUUGUCUAAUGGUUAUUUGGCUAGAGCCGCUGUUCCAAGUGGUGCAUCCACUGGAGUGUACGAGGCCCUUGAGCUAAGGGAUGGAGGAUCAGACUACCUUGGAAAAGGUGUGCUUAAGGCUGUUGAGAAUGUGAACGCUAUCAUCGGCCCUGCUUUGAUUGGAAAGGACCCAACCAAGCAGACUGAGAUUGACAACUUCAUGGUUCAACAACUUGAUGGAACUGUUAAUGAGUGGGGUUGGUGCAAACAAAAGCUCGGCGCAAAUGCCAUAUUGGCAGUGUCUCUUGCAGUCUGCAAAGCUGGUGCCCAUGUUGCGAAAAUCCCUCUUUACAAGCACAUUGCAAACCUUGCUGGAAACAAGAACUUGGUUUUGCCUGUUCCCGCUUUCAAUGUCAUCAAUGGUGGAUCACAUGCCGGAAACAAACUUGCAAUGCAGGAGUUCAUGAUUCUUCCUGUUGGAGCUUCCUCAUUUAAGGAGGCCAUGAAGAUGGGAGUUGAAGUAUAUCACAAUUUGAAGUCUGUAAUUAAAAAGAAAUACGGUCAGGAUGCAACUAAUGUUGGUGAUGAAGGUGGCUUUGCACCUAACAUUCAAGAAAACAAAGAAGGUCUUGAAUUGCUCAAGACAGCCAUUGCUAAGGCCGGAUACACUGGAAAAGUUGUCAUUGGAAUGGAUGUUGCUGCCUCAGAGUUUUAUGGAUCAGAUAAAACCUAUGACUUGAACUUUAAGGAGGAGAACAAUGAUGGUUCACAGAAGAUCUCAGGAGACGCUCUCAAAGAUGUCUACAAGUCUUUUGUAAGUGAAUACCCUAUUGUUUCCAUUGAGGAUCCAUUUGACCAAGAUGACUGGGAGCACUACGCCAAGAUGACUGCUGAAUGCGGUGAACAAGUACAAAUUGUGGGUGAUGAUCUGCUCGUCACCAACCCAAAGAGGGUUGAGAAGGCAAUCAAGGAAAAAUCUUGCAACGCUCUUCUUCUCAAGGUUAACCAAAUUGGGUCUGUAACAGAGAGCAUUGAAGCUGUAAGAAUGUCUAAGCGUGCUGGUUGGGGUGUUAUGGCAAGCCACCGCAGUGGAGAGACCGAGGACACCUUCAUUGCUGACCUCUCCGUGGGUUUGUCUACGGGUCAAAUUAAGACCGGGGCUCCCUGUAGGUCAGAGCGUCUUGCCAAGUAUAACCAGCUCUUGCGAAUUGAGGAGGAGCUCGGUUCGGAAGCAGUGUAUGCUGGAGCAAACUUCCGCGUUCCAGUCGAGCCCUACUAAAUUAUGAAGCGUUUGUAUCUUUUGCGGGAUCCCAUAGCAAUGGAUUUUGACUUUGCAGUGAUUAUGUAGAAUGGUUUUAGCCUUCUGAUCCUCGGAGACUUGUUUUUUCUUGCAAUAAUGCUCAGAAAAGUUUUGUUUAGAGAGCUUUGAACAGUGUUGAAAUGAUAUUUAAGUGAAUGCUAUGAGUUGCAUUUUGAUGAUUACA